UAUUUUAGUUCGGCUAUGUGAGGGGAAUCCCCUGAUUAUAACUUUCGGAUUUAAUUGAACCGUGGAACGACAAUACCAAGUGAACAUUUAUUUUCAAGAUACAGACGUUAUCAUCAGGUGGAUUUAGAACCCUCACGAGAAGCAAUUGUGCAAAAGUGUAAGUCCUCUACGGUUAUACUUCAGGAAAAGUUCGCCAUGCGAGUCGGAAGCGAAAUCUGCAACAGAACCAACCUUCUUAACACUUCAGAAACGAGAGUUGGUUCUGCCGUCAUGUUGCGAAUAUUCACGAUCUUCGCCGGAGCAGUUGUGCUGUGUUUUGCGCAAGAAGGAAAUAAUACACAGAAAGGCCGCAGCAGAGGGUCUACUGUUUUUCUUCAAGUACCUCAAGAUAUUCAUUAUUACGUCACACGCAACCAGUCAGUAAACCUGACUUGGGUAGCAGAUAACGUCUGCAAGAUCCAGAUUAAGUGCGCUGGCAAGAAAUUCAAAGAGGGUGAUACGGGAUUAUGUGGAAAGUCUUGCAAAAGCUGCAGAAAGAGAAAAAAGACAAGAAUAGUUACACUGGCUGAUUUUCCGAAAAAAAUAAGGACCAUAACAUGUCAGUGCAAAGUGUGGGCUAUUCGUCCCGUACGAACGGAAAAAAUAAUCCUCGAAAAAGCAUAUCUUCGACGCAAUUUCGGUAAGGUUCCGCCUUGCCAAGUGGCAUCUCUCAAUUCAACAGUCGUCCUGCCAUGUGCGCCUCCAGUCGGAUCUCCUCCUGCUAAUGUCACGUGGUAUAAAAUUGGCGAGUCGUCCUCCUUAUUUAGAAACAAAGGGCGCAGGCGAGUGCGCAGUGGACGGUUAAUUAUCAAACGAAGUCGGGUGGGGGACUCGGGCGAAUAUCGGUGUGUCGCACAGAAUAUUGCCGCAAGACGUGAGGGUCCGGUAAUUAGAGUAGUUGUCGGAGAGAAAAUCUCCAGUGCUCUGUGUAACAAGGACAAGCCGCCACGCGUCAAUCAUUCUUCACCAAACUGUGAGACGAAAAGAAAUCAGGCAUUUGAUUUUAAGCGACCAAUGUUAUUGGUGGGAUCGGAAGAUGCUUUUUACCUGUCCAACACCUCCAAUCGAAGACGCAUCAAAGCUGAGAACGUUGUUUCUUUUGACUUUUCUUGGGAAGAAAACUGGAUUUUCUGGUCAGAUAAGAAAAGCAUAAAGGAACUAUCUAUGCAUGAUGGUAUAAGUAGGGACACUCCCUUUCUUUAUGAUGACGUCGGCUCAGUAAAGGGACUGUCCGUCGAUUGGGAGGCUAAAAAGUUGUAUUGGAUUGAUGGACAAAAAAACGCGAUUUAUGUAGGAGAUCCACAAAGGAAAGUCAAAGUUAAAAUAAUCGACAAUGUCCCUGAUUCAGCGACUUUGGAAUCAGUUGCUGUUAGUCACUCUAAAAGUUUCUUAUAUUGGACGAGCUCGGGAGGAACGCCAAAAAUCGAGCGAGCCAGACUUGACGGAAGCGAACGGAAAGUUCUUAUCAACAAUAGUGUCCAUUUUCCAAACGGCCUGGCAAUUGACGAAUCAGAUAAAAAACUUUACUGGGCGGGAACCGACUCCUAUAACUAUGGAAUUAUUGAAGCUGUUUCACUAGAAGGGUUAAGCCGCACCGUUCUUCUCUACCGACGUGGAUUCCACCCGACUGCCCUGACCUUUUACCAAAACUUUGUGUAUUGGUCUGACUCGAAGAAGAAUGCUGUGCUACGUCUUUCUUGCCGGGGAGGGGAGAGUAUUGUUGUCAGUGGAUUGAGGAACCCAACGGGAGUGAAGAUUUUCCAUAACCGUAUAGGAAUCUCAGUCCCAGCUACAGAUUCAUGUCUAAAAGACAAUGGUCAAUGCGAUCACUUGUGUCUCUAUCUUCCGUUCCGUGGACGACACAAAUGCCUCUGUGAAGAGAACUUUGUUCUGGACGAAAAUGGAAAACAUUGCAGGAAACGAGUGCCCGAAAUCAAAUCAACAUCGACCAGGGCGACCCACUCCUCCCACACAGUGAUACUGUCGAUUGUCAUCUUACUUCUGGUGGUAAUGGGGAUAAUAUACUGUGCGGUUCGCGUCAUCCAAAGAGGUUGUCCGUGUCAAAGAUCUCAAGAUGUACCACGCAUGCCCAGACAGUCGAAUGAACAGGGUGAGGAUUUACUUGCAAUGAUUGACCAAAGUGAACUUGAAAAUACGGGCUCGCAGACACUUAACGAAUCGUCAAAUCUUCUUGGCCAAGACUGCAGUGGUGAGCCGUCAGGGUCAGAAGCAACAUGUGAGGAUUCGUCACAAGCCUCACCCAAGGAUUUGGUUUUCUAUGUACAACCUGGUGGCGUGGCCAUAGUAGGAGAUGAUGCUCAACUGCACCUUCAUUCUUCAAGUCCUGUCAGAGCUAAUCCAGUGACUAAUUUAUAAAGACAUUCCUUGAACUGAUUGACGCAUUUCAAGACUUCGGUCGCUAUUUUAAGCAAGUGUCUACAGUCAGGUUUGAGGACUUAAUUGAGGAAUAACUUUGCCACAAAGUUAUCUGUUUCUGUGGCAUUGUUUCUUUCUUCUGUCGCACGUUGGAAUAUUUUGUACAUCAAACUUUUUUUAAGUUGGCAAAAUCUGUACAGACAUCACAUCAACUAUUAUUAUACAAAGAUAUAAGAUAUAAACAAUACUCGGAUAAAAUUAAUAAAGCAAUUCGGAUAGUAAUUUUAUAACUGAAUAAUAUAAAAUAUAAGAUAAAAGCGCGGAGUGAUUGUCAGCUAACUAGGGGAAUAACUUAGAGUUAAAAACAGCGAAGGAGUUUGACUCAACUAUUUCCGCGGAUGGCUUAUUCUAUAAUCUUAUGGUCCUUGAGAGAAAGGAAUAUUGCCUCUAUCUAUAACGAUGACGCCCUCGAGCUCUAAAUUCAGAAUGGGGUUUUAAAUAGCUUUUUCAUAUAAAAGGUUUAGACGAGUCAUAGUUCUUCUUAAUUCUAAGCUUGCCCAACCUAGAUCUUGAAGCAUUUCAAUAACGCUAACAGUAGGAGGAUAGUUGUUGAAGCAGAACCGUGCCGCUUUUCUAUGGAUUCUCUCAAGCGAAGCAUUGUCCUUUUGGAGGUAUGGGUCCCAAGGGUAGCAAUGUUUCUGCAUGCUAUGUACUCCUCUUUCACCUGUGAAAGAAGAUCAACAUUGUACUUAGCCUUAACUUUAAGACCUGAAACAUUACUGAACGUGCAGAGCAAUUUUCCAUUGAGUGUGGCAAGUAACUUGAAUUGCAUUUACUUCCGUACUUUACUUCCGUAAAUCAAUAGCAACUUUAUACACUCGUUUUCCUGCGCUUCGAACAUUCUUCCUGUAUAAACUUUGAUUUCUCAUUAGCCUCGUUCGAUGUUGACCUUUUCUCUGAUAGAUUAUUCUGAUUGGUCAAAGUUGUGCGACACUUAAUGGAAAUGCCCUUUAGUACACGACAGUGGCCUGGUGUUUGCGAGGACUGAUCCUCCAAUGUUUUCCAUCUGAUCUCAAAUUAUUUUCCUCCAACUUUCAAGUUACGAUAAUUCCUCAUGCAACAUGGCAUUUUCAAAUAGGUCGAUGUACGGUGUAAACAGACAUUUUUAUAAAUACGUUUUUAGCUGCCGUUAUCGGUUAUCUUCUAAACUACUUUGAGGGACCUUUGUAAGAAUUUAUCAGUGAUUGUAAGGCCUUACAAACGUUAAAUAUUAGUCGUGUAACACUUUUUCGCAAAGAGCAUUGCGGAACCACGUAAACAACAGGUCUGACUCUGAUGGGUUGUGGAAGGUUCUGACCACUUAAGGCGGUAGAGAAGUCAGAAUGUCCUGAAAUAAAUUAAACCCGUGUUGCUAUAAAUUUUAUUUACUAGUGAAAGGAAACUUUUCUCCCUUUCUUCAGUGUGAGGUGAUACUGGGUUUAAAAUAUGUAUAAGAUGUAUGAAAUAUAUUUAGAGGCAUUUUCUUACCUUGAGAUUGUAAAAAUAUUGUAUUAAUAUUAGUCAGUCUUGUUCUCCUAGUUUUGUGUGGUUCCCUCUAAAGCGAGUAAGUGCCCUUCCCCACCCGUGUCGGGGCUUUGAGAAUGAUUGAUCUAUUGGCAAAUGUAUUUUUGUAUCUGCUAUAGACAAUGUGGAUAACUGCAACCACGGUAGACAGCUGUAUGUUAGAGAACUUUUUUUCUGUUUAUUGUAUAAAUUGUUGUAUCUAGUAAAGAUGGUAUUAGUUAAAUGUACAUAAAAAUGCGGCCAUAUUUUUUGACAU